AUGGCGUCGAUGAGCGAGUACAUUCAGCAGACAGAAGCUAGUGAUGGCAUUCGGUUUUCAUGGAAUACGUGGCCCGCGUCACGUCUUGAAGCUGCCCAACUUGUUGUUCCCAUCUCGUGUCUCUACACCCCUAUGAAGGAACGUGAAAAUCUUCCUCCCCUCAUGUACGAUCCUGUCGUUUGCACCCGAUGCCGUGGAAUUCUCAAUCCUUUUUGUCAGGUUGAUAUCCGUUCCAAAUGUUGGAACUGCUGCCUGUGCUCAUCGAGGAAUACUUUUCCUUCACAAUACGCUGGAAUGACGGAACAAAACCUACCCGCUGAACUUAUGCCUCAAUUCACUACGAUUGAGUAUACCAUAACGAAAGCGCCAGCACCGCCACCAGUGUUCCUCGUUGUCAUGGAUACUUGCCUCGAGGAAGCUGAAUUCAAUGCUUUAAAAAAUGCAAUCCAGCAGCUCUUUGCCACGCUGCCACCCAACUGCAUGAUUGGAUUAAUCACCUUCGGACGUAUGGUCCACAUUCACGAGUUGAACAGUGGUUCUAUCGCCAAGUCUUGGGUGUUUAAGGGUACAAAAGACUACACCGGCGAUCAGAUUCAAGGGAUGCUAGGGCUGGGCAGAAGCGGAGUCCCCGGCCGAAAUACCGGUCCACCUGCAACUCAAGUUACGCCUGGUGGUCUUCCGCAAAACAGAUUUCUUCAGGCAGUGGAGUGUUGCUCCGCCUCGCUGAAUACUCUGUUAUCGGAGCUGGCACCGGAUCCCUGGCCAGUGCUGCAGGGGCGGCGGGCUUUGCGCUCAUGCGGUGCUGCGGUCUCCAUCGCUGUAGGCCUGUUGGAGGCGGCUUUUCCCAACACUGGCGCCCGUAUUCUCUUCUUUCUUGGGGGGCCUGCCACUCAGGGACCUGGCAUGAUAAUCGAUGAUGAUCUGAAGAACAUCAUUCGUUCGCAUCAUGAUGUGGAAAAGGAUAAUUGCCCCUAUAUGCGAAAGGCUAUUAGACACUACGAGGGUCUGGCUAAUCGGGCGGCUCAGAACGGGCACGUGGUGGAUAUCUUUAGCAGCCACCUGGACCAGACAGGUCUGCACGAGAUGCGCUACCUAGUCAACUACACCGGCGGCAGCAUGACCAUGUGUGACUCCUUUGCCUCCAAUCUCUUCAUCCAGAGUUUUCAAAUCUUCCUCCGUAAGGAUGUCCAUGGACACUUCAAAAUGGGCUUUAAUGGGCAGUUAGAGGUCAAGACCUCCCGCGAACUCAAGGUAUCCGGUUGCAUCGGUAGCUGCUUCUCUGCCAACGUCAAGACUCCCAGCACCGCAGAGAGCGAGGUGGGCAUCGGGCACACUUCAAUAUGGCGUCUAAACGGCCUCACACCUUCCUCUACCUUGGGCAUCUUUUUCGAGGUCACACAGGCCCAUGGACAGGCGGCAGCGAUGAUUAAUAGUGGCGGUCGAGCGUAUGUGCAGCUGGUGACGCAGUACCAGUACGCAUCAGGCCAGCGUCGAAUCCGAGUGACCACAGCGUGUCGACAGUGUAUCGACGCUACGAGUCAGCACGCCUACCUGGUGGCGGGCUUUGAUCAGGAGGCGGCGGCUGUGCUUAUUACUCGGAUGGCCAUGUUCAAAGCGGAGACGUCGGAUGGGCGAGAUGCAUUAAGGUGGCUGGAUCGCCAAUUGAUCAAGCUGUGCCGCAAAUUUGGCGAGUAUCACAAGGACGAUGCCGCCUCCUUCCGUCUGCCCGACGAGUUUUCCUUUUACCCCCAGUUCAUGUUCCACCUUCGACGUUCCUCUUUCAUCCAGGUCUUUAACAACAGUCCUGAUGAGACUGCCUAUUAUCGGCAUGUACUGAACACGGAGGACUGCUCAAACGCCCUCCUGAUGAUCCAGCCCUCACUGAUUGCCUUUAGGCUGGACGGCACGGACGAGGCGGUGCUGCUCGACUCCACCAGCAUCCAGCCAGACACCGUUCUCCUCAUGGACUCUUUCUUCCACAUUCUCAUUUACGUAGGCGAAAAUAUUGCCAAGUGGCGCAAGGCUGGUUUUCUCGAGAUGCCUGAGUAUGCGUACCUGCAGGCCGUGAUAGAGAAACCUCGAGCGGAGGCGAGGGACAUACUGCGCUCGCGUUUUCCCACCCCACGCUACAUUGACACGGAGCACGGGGCCAGUCAAGCUCGCUUUCUUCUCUCCAAGGUCAACCCCUCACAGACGCACAGCAGCAUGUUCGCCUACGGACAGGACUCAUCUGCAUUCGCAGUGUUGACGGACGACGUGUCAUUACAAGGCUUCAUGGACCACCUGAAGAAACUGACCGUCUCAUCCUCCGUCUAG